AUGGAUGAGACUUCAGGUGUUUCCAAGGAGGCCGAGCGUCAGGUCACUCGACUCUGGCAUACGUGGAAGACUGUCCACUCUAUGUUGUCUGAUCGGGGAUAUGAGGUUUCCGAAGAAGAGCUGGGGAUUUCCCUUGCAGACUUUACCGCAAAAUACACGGAUUCCAUGGGGUUUCCUGAACGAAGCCGUAUGAGAGUCGUUGCCAUACCAUCCGAAGCCAUGAAGGCCAAACACACCGGAAUCAAGAGACGAGCCACCGACCCAGACCCCGUCCCGGAUUGUGGACAAAUAUACGUCGAAUUCUGCACCGACUCGACCGGGGUUGGCGCCAAACAAGUGCGCGCGUUCAUCCACACUGUCGACGAAGGAAACUACCACUCGGGGAUCUUCGUCACGCAGACACCCAUCUCCCCGUCGGCCGUGCGUCUUCUCACCACCCUCGACAAGCGAAUCUGCGAGCAUUUUCAAGAAUCCGACCUGCUCGUCAAUAUCACACGCCACGAACUUGUGCCAAAACAUGUUCUGUUGAGCGCCGAGGAAAAAGCCCGUUUGUUGGAUCGCUACCGUUUGAAAGAAUCGCAGCUACCUCGUAUUCAGUUUUCUGACCCUGUUUCUCGUUACCUUGGCCUGCGACGUGGCCAGGUCAUUAAAAUUAUCCGAAAGAGUGAAACGGCUGGUCGGUAUGCCAGUUACCGAUGGGUUAUUUGA